UUUUCCUUUUUAGUCUGGGAAUUUUACAAAGUUCUUUAAAAAUAUAUUGCUACCCACAUGGGAUUGGUUCCAAUUGGGAAACCCAGAAUCACAGUUCUCAAAAAGCAGUAACAGCUGCAACAAUGUCAAACAUGGAUUCAAAAUUGGGUUUAAUCCAACAAUCUUUCAACUCUCGUUAUUCCGAAUGGGUCCGAGAAGCUCUUGACGAAUUGUCCGAUAAUUUCACCAUCACGGAUCCUUCGAUUUCAGGCCACCAAAUCGUUUUCGCAAGCCGAAACUUCUUGAAAAUGUUGCGUUAUUCCCAGGAAGAAGUAGUCGGUCAAAAUGGGAAUAUAUUUCAUGGUCCCAAAACUAAUCGGAGGAUGGUGAUGGGGAUAAGAGAAGCGAUUCGAGAAGAGAUGGGUAUUCAAGUGAAUUUGGUGAAUUACUGUAAAGACGGGAUGUCGUUUUGGAUGUUGUUCCAUAUGAGUCCCGUUUUUUGGGAAAGAAAGUGGGAGGUGAUUCAUUUUAUGGCUGUUCAGGUCCUGAUAACAAGGCGACAAAGGGGGAAUGGUGGGGUGAGCUUAAGUGAGGAGGCCUCUGACUUGAAUGAGAUUAUGUUAGACUCUUGUAGGAAUGAAGUGGAUACCAAUUUUGUGCUUGAAUUGGGUCGUGUUUUGUCCUCAGAUUCGAGUGGUAAUGUAUUAAAUGUUGAAGAGACAUGCGAGGCAAGCGAUUUUGAGAAGCGAAGGGCAGCGAAUGUAUUUAACAGCAUCUUGUCCGUGCUAACCCACUAUAGUGAGUUAACUGGCAGAUUGGUCUGUGGGAAGAGAUGCAGUGUGUCUGGGGUAGGUUACAUCAGUUCAUCACUAAAUAUAUCACUUGGUAUAAUCAAACAGAGCUUUGUACUGUGAGUUUGCAAAAUUCUUUAUUUUCAAUUUUAUAUU